AUAUAAUAAUUAGAAAAUAAGUUUUGCUUAGUACACAUUAACGCUUCAUUCAUGUAGUACUUUCUUUCUACAUAUGCUUUUCAAUUAUUUAGAAAUAUCUGUUCAUGUAUAGUAAUUAAUGUUUUACACAAAGAGCAAUAAAAUAAUAUUUAAUUCGAUAAUGUAGACCGAAUAUAUAAAGAAAUAUUUUAGAAUUAAUUUCUUAAAGAGAUAAAGAAAUUAGAUAUUAUUGAGUAUAAUAAAUGUGAGUUAGCAAAUAGUGGGCAAAGAUCAAUAUCUAAAACAAACUUUUGUAUGUAUAUCCUUAUAUAUAUGUAUAGUAACAAAUUCUAAAGUAGUUCUAGAAAAUGAUAUCAAAGAAGUACUGUGAAGAUUUCAUCAAAGCAAUUAUUGAUGUUAUUUCUGUUUCACUUAUAUAUAUGCAUAUACAUACGUUCUUUAAUUUAAUAGUAACAUAUAACUCCCCCUUCGUAUAAUAUCACGUUCGUUCAAUAAAAGGGUCAAGAGUAUCCUUUACCCUUUUCUCUCCCUUAUGAUAUUAAAGCGUAUCUGCUACAAACGUCUCGACCGAUAAGACGCAAUAAAAAAAAAACGUAUUCGAAUGCGCAUGUGCCUAUGUAAAGUUCACGUCAUUUAGCUAUAGUCUUUAAACUUCAAGGUCUCAGUUCAAUGAAAAUUAGAGGAUGUUCGACGACGAUCGAACAGUAAGUAUACGAAAUUUAAAUUCAUGGAAUUUAAAAAAAUAGUAAAAAAAAAAAAAAAAAAAAAAAAAAAAAAAAAAAGAAAAAGAAAGGAUAACGCUUUCUCUUCUUAAGACAGAAAGAGAUGGGAAAUAAAAAGAAAGGAAGAUAGAAAAAGAUGGGAGGAAUGAAUCGAAAGGGUGGAUUGAUUUGUUAGGAAUAUAAAAGUAUCGAGGGGUUGAAAAGAAGCCGUUCUUUCGUUUCUCUGACAUAACGGAUGAAAGAAGCCACAUAGAAGAAAACGUUCGUUCUAAAGGGAAAUUUUAUAUAUUUUGUCGUUCGUCUCUAUCGUUUGUUUUUUCUCUUCUUUUUUUUUCUUUUUUACAAAUCUAGGAGAAAUGGAUCGACAAUUUUUUUUUCUUUCUUCUUUUUUUUUUUUUUUCUUUUUCUUUUUCUUUUUCUUCCCCCAGGAUAUCUUAAUUGCUCUUCUAUUUGUUUCUUCGAGAUAGAUAGACAGAUAGAUAGAUAAGAAACGAUUGGAUUUAUUAUUAGCAAUAAAUAAUGACAAAAAUAAAUUAGGAGAAAGCAUAUAAAAAUUGAAUAUUAAAUUAGAAAGGCAUAAAAUGAAUAAAAUUAUAAAUAUAAAAUAUUUUUUAAAGAUCAUCUAUAUCUUUUUCAAGGAAUAAAAUGAUGGGGGGGGGGGGAAAAGAAAGCGAUUAGGAGAUUUAUAUAUUAUUAACUGUAAUAAAAAGGAAAAAAGCGAAAUGAAAGAAAGUGAUAUAUCGAGAAUGAAGGUGAAGGGAGAGAAAUAUAGUCGAGUAAAAGAUCUAUUAUGCGUGAUUACGUGCGAUGCGACGACGCAUGGACACAAUCGUCGCCGCGAGGAGUUAAGGUAGAUUAUUGAAGUUCGAGCGACUCCGCGAGUGACUCAGUAAGCUUCAGUUCCGUCUGCCGAAUGGUCAAAAGUGUUACCUUUGACACGAAUCUUUGAUUUGUUUUCUAUUUUUAUUUUUAUUUUUUUAAUAUAUUUUUCAUCGAACUUAUCAGAUCUUUUACGAGAAUAAUACAAUCAAAGUGUGUUCGUAGAAUUUGUGUAAGAAAUUAUUCGAUAUUAUUAUUGAAGAAUAAAAAAGAAUUGUGCUUUACGAAAAUCAUAGGAGAUAAAAACAAAAGAGCGUUAUUUUAUUUCUUGUAAAAGAGAAAUAAAAAGGAAAACAAAGAAAGAAAGAAAAAAAAAUAACAUGGCCGUACACUACGAUCUGAUGAAUAAACUGACUCUAGCAUUUCUCGCAGUAUCGAUAAUAUAUUUCAUCGUAAUGGACAUAUUAUUAUAUUUGAGAGUGAAGAAUUAUCGUGUGAAAGAAACGGUGACCGAUACACCACUAUAUCGACCAAUGAUAUCAUGCGAUUUGAAUCCCCUUUGCGCGGUAACGGUGAAGGGUUUGACAUUGGAUCAUCCGAAUCAUUUUCUCUUGAGCCCGUUGGCCUCUUUGAUGGAUAAGAUUUUGGGUAUUAGCAAAUCAUGGUAUUGGUUGACGCCAAAUUUAAUAAGUGGUUUUCACGUGUUAAUCGCUGUGUUAGCGGGCAAAUGUGUUUCGAGCGAGUCCCUGGCGCAAAGACGUCUCGGCGUUAUGCUCUUUCAAGUGAGAACAUAGCUAGACGAUUUGGACGGCCACAUAGCGAGACAGAGAGCAAACAUAUCGGGUGAACGAUCGGACGUUGGUUCACCUGGUUAUUUCGUUGAUGGUUUUUGCGAUGCUCUUGGAUGCGUCGCUUUGAUCGUCGGCCUUUAUUACUUCAUUAUUCGCUCUCCAUCCAGACGAGGAGGAUACGAUAAGAUGCAAACAUUACCUUUAACAUCUGUCGUCUUAGAUACGACUCAUUACGUAUCAUCUUCGAACACGUCGAUAAGGAACAUCGCACUUCCUAAUGUUCUCUUGUUGAUCGGUCAUCUGAUCGUUGCCAGUGCCGCAUGGAAUCGUUAUAUAUGGCUUUAUCAGGAUCUUUUGGAUCUAGACAUCGAACCAUUCACAAUCAACACCGAACUUCUACAUCUACGACAAACCAAUGUACUUAGAAGUAAUUCAUUCUGGUUCAUCGCUCUAAGCUGGAAAAUGUUCAAUGUACAUGCAGCCAUGGAUUAUCUUUUACUGGCAAUAUUUUUUAAUCGUGUUUGGGAAUAUAUGAAACUGUCCAGAUGGUCGUCCUACGUUCUUAUAUUUUUACUUAUCUAUUUGACAGAAUUUCAUUAUCAGUAUGCUUACGAUUAUGUACAUAUGGUACCUAUAAUUGUUGAUGGCGUGACAUCUUCCUCGGUCGGCCUUAUUCAUCGAUGAUAGAUUAUUUAUCUGUCUUUAUCUCUCGACUAUAUAUAUAUAUAUAUAUAUAUAUAUA